AUGGGUGCAGCUGAAAGUUCGGAACGCCAUUGGGACGGCUCCAUGAUGCCGUCUCAAAAGGGAAAGCUAGUAAUUAUCACUGGUGCAAAUUCAGGCAUUGGGUUUGAAGCAGCAAAAGCACUGGCAAAGCAUGGAGCCCAUGUGGUUCUCGCUUACCGCAACGAAAGCCGUAGACGAGACGCUGAGAAAGUGAUUACGGAAGAACUUGUGCACGUUCCUCGUGAUGUUGUUGGGUCUGUGGAAUUUAUGAAACUUGAUGUUAGUGAUCCGUCCAGUGUCAACAAAUUUGCACGUCAAUGUCAUGAAAAGUUUGAUCACCUUGAUCUCCUGAUUAACAAUGCUGGGCUGUCUGUACCUGAUCAGCGUCUUACAUCUAAUGGCGUGGAAAUACAGUUUGCAGUGAAUCAUUUGGGACAUUUUUACUUGACAAGUAAACUGCUUGACUUGCUGCGCUGUUCAAAGUCUCAAGCUCGUGUGGUUAAUGUGAGUAGCCUUACUCAUUACCUUGCGUGGCUGUUCCUGAACUUUUCGUCGCUAGGACGCACGGGCGGUGGCUUUAGCGGCUAUUCGACAUCAAAAUUGUCCAAUCUACUUUUUACCUAUGAGCUACAGCGUCGUCUACACUCUAAACAAGUGGAGAAUGUGAUAUCGGUGGCCGCACACCCGGGUAUUGCUUACACUAACAUUUGGCAACGCCAUUUUGAGACCGGGUAUCCACAUUGGCUGGCCAAGACCGUGUUGUGGCUGGUGUCAUGGAUGCCGAUAAUGUCGCCUGAAAUGGGUGCACUUCCUAUUUUGUAUGCUGCAACCAUGAAGAACGUCAAGGGUGGAGAGUACUAUGGCCCUAACGGCUUGUUGCACGUGAGAGGCUACCCUACACUAGAGACUGGUGCGAAAUCAAGCCACUCUCUAGAAAAUGCAAGCGCCCUCUGGACGCUUAGCGAGACCAUCUUGGGUGAGAAGUUUGAACUGUAA